AGUAUAGAACUAUAGAUAAAUACAUCUGCUCAAUGAAAAAAUUAAAAUUAAAAAUAUAAAGUUAUUUACGUCAUUACAAAGGCUUUUUUUGUUUUUAUUUGUAUUUGUAUUUUUUUAUUGCGCAAAUGAAAGAGGGUUGAGGUGGUAAAACCCAGCCAAAGCCCCCCAGAGUCUUUCAGUUCGCAGUCUCCUUCGGCACCUUAUCAGAAAGAUGGCUUGGAGGCAAACACUGUUCCACACCAGAGCAAUUUUGACUCCGCAUUCAACAACUGGGCUCGCCAGAUUCUCCACCAAAUCAACUCCUUACUUGGAGAAAGUUGGGAUACCGGAGUUUUUAAAUGGAAUAGGCAAAGGGGUGGAAGCUCAUGUGGCCAAAAUUGAAUCUGAGAUUGGUGACAUUCAGAAGCUGCUCGUCACCCGUACUCUCAGACUGAAGAAACUUGGCAUCCCUGUCAAACAAAGGAAGCUGAUCUUGAAAUACACCCACAAGUAUAGGCUGGGACUUUGGAGGCCUCUAGCUCGCCCAAUGAAAUCCUAGUUAGUAUAGAACUAGCAUGUCCUUUACUCAAAAGUUGUCUGCUGCAAAAUGUAUGGAACCUGGAAAGUACAAUGUUACUUUCUUAGUAUUUCUUCACUUCAUUUGAAAUUCCAUGGACAAAGUUUGGCGGUUUAGUGUAUGGUUCUCAUAGUCAACUGGAUUUAGUUGAGCAAUCUACUUCGUAACUUCAUUGAAGUACCUCGUUGCAUGCGGUGUCCAUGUUCUAUCUUCUAGCUACAUGUUUAAGUUAGCCACUUAGCCUGCAAAGUAUGAUGACAUGUAAAUCCUUAUUUGCGUGUCAAAGCGAUUAUCUGUGAUAGUAAAUUUCACAAUAUCUCAUCUUAAACUUUGUGAUUUGUCUGUUUAAGUUGAGCUGUUCAGAAAUUUUGUGAUACUGCUGAGUUAUAAAAGAAAGGUUGUACUAUACAACAUCUCAAACUUUUCCA